UGCAGUUUUUUUUUUUUCUUUUGACAUCUGUCCGCUGCACCAGAGGAACCAGCCUGAACCUAACGAAGGCGGGGUUAAAGAAAAAAACAAGGAAUUUCCUGGUGAGCUACGACAACGCAGGAAGAUGAACGUGGGCGUAGCUCACAGCGAGGUGAACCCCAACACACGGGUGAUGAACAGCAGGGGGAUCUGGCUCACCUACCUGCUCCUGACCGUUGUGUUGCACGUCAUCCUGCUCAGCAUACCUUUUUUCACCGUGCCGCUCGUGUGGACCCUUACCAAUGUCAUCCACAACCUGGUGAUGUACCUGUUUCUACACACAGUGAAGGGCACUCCCUUCGAGACACCCGACCAAGGGAAGGCUCGUCUGCUCACACACUGGGAACAGAUGGACUACGGCGUCCAGUUCACAUCUUCGCGCAAAUUCCUCACCAUCUCACCAAUUGUUCUGUAUAUUCUUGCCAGUUUCUACACAAAAUAUGAUCCCACACAUUUCCUGAUCAACACUAGCUCCCUCCUCAGUGUUCUCCUGCCAAAGUUGCCUCAGUUUCACGGAGUGCGGAUAUUUGGGAUCAACAAAUACUGACUGAACACUGGAUUUUAACCACCAACACUGGACUUUAGUUUUUUUUGUUUGUUUGUUUGUUUCUUCUGAAUUAUUUCAUGUUUAGUGUUUUAGGAGAAGAGAAACAGUUCAGUUUGUCUUAUCUGUACAGACUGUGUGGAGUAAUAUAUGAAAGUUGCAGUUCGUGCUGCGUCUCGCAGCCUGAAAGAAAAGUAAAUGCACCGCUGUUGUCAGCAAUUUUUUUUCUUUACUGACAUUCCUGACGCACGUUUAUCAAAAGCCAGGCACCUUGCUCGUCUUCAAGUAAGAGGAAAGUCUGAACUGCACUGCUUUUGGACGUUAUGUUAACUCAUUAUUCUGUCCCACAUGUAGCUUUUCUGCUACAGCUCUGUCAUGUUCUGAAUUAUAGUUCAAAGUUCCUUUUUUCAUGCUUUUUUCUUGAUUUACUAUGAAGGAUUUACAUGCAGCAUGCAUAUACACGCCUACAAUAAACACUGCAGCCUUUAUUUUGCUUUGAUACACAUAAUUUACUGUUUCAUUAAAAGCUGAUGUCUUUUCCUGCCUAUAAAUGAGCAGUGACAGCUAUAUGACCUGCA